UUUUGCAGACAGCCAAGAUGGCAGCCUCCAUUCGGCAUGUCAGGGAAAUGAAGAAACUUUUGAGCAAAUCUUCAUUUUUACAAAAAUCCAUAAGCAAAGAAUUCGAAAUUAUUAAUUCCUGCCAAAUUCGUGGUCACCAUUUAUUGUCAUCAAAUAUCAGCCAUGGCCAGCUACCAGUUAUAUGGAGGACAAAGACGCCACACAUUUGUGCAGUUUUUAUACAGAGAUUUAACAGUACCGAUCAUGCAUCAAAAUUUGCUGAUACAGUAGAUUAUAUACCACCUCCACCUUUACCUGCCCCUGAAUCGUUGGACAUUGCUGAUACACUCAAUGCUCUGGGUGAACCAACGUUUGCCAGUCUUGGUUUAAACAACUAUACUCCAGCUGGCGUGGUACAGAUGGCAUUAGAAUCAUUGCAUGUUGACCUAGGAAUGCCAUGGUGGGGAGCUAUUGGACUGGCCACAGUUAUUGUAAGACUUAUGAUGCUUCCCAUAGCUGUCAUAUCAAGGAGACAUAUUAUUAAGAUGAACAACCACAUGCCAGAGUUAGCAAGAUUACAAGAAAGAAUGUCAGAGUGUAGACUCAGGGGAGAUCUUGUUGGAACUGCACGAUAUGGUUCAGAACUAAUGGAAUAUUAUCAGAAACAUGACAUUAAACUAUUUAGAAAUAUGAUGAUGCCAAUGGCACAGUUGCCUGUGUUUUUAUCAUGGUUUACUGGAUUGAGAGGCAUGGCACAUCUUCCAGUGGAGAGUUUAGCCACUGGUGGCUUGUUAUGGUUUAAAGAUUUGACUGUACCAGAUCCAAUAUUUUUACUUCCUGUUGUAACAAUGGCUACCUUGUCAAUAACUGUAGAGGUUGGAGCUGAUGGAGUGGCAGCAAGCCAACAAAAACAUGUGAUGAAGUGGGGAAUGAGAUUGAUGCCUGUUCUUGGUUUACUGUUUGUCUGUAAUUUUCCAACAGCCAUGUGCUGUUACUGGUUUACAUCAAAUACUUUCUCAUUGAUUCAAGUUUUGUUUUUUAAAAUACCUGCUGUGAGACAGUUCCUUAAAAUACCUGAAAUGGUUAUUCAUCCACAACCAAAGAAGAAGAAACCAAGUUUUUCUCAAGGAUUUAAAGACAGUUGGGAAAGUAAUAAGAUUGUAAAACAAAUAGAAGAUAGACAAAGAGCUGAUGCAUUAAGAUUCAAGGAAGCCGGUAAAGGACCAAUACAAAAGACAUAUACAUAUGAUCCUACAAAAUUACAAAAGCCAGGAGAAGAUUACACAUAUAACAAACGUGUAGGACAAGGACAUGCAUUUAAUCAAUCCAAAAUUGACAAUAUUGUGGAAGGUAUUAAAAUGAAAGCAAAGUCGUAGCUAGCUGUAUAUUAUAAUAAACUGAGAUACCAACAGAGUUACAAGCUGUAUAUUAUGAUAAACUGAGAUACCAACAGAGUCACAGGACUAAACACAAAGAGAGAAGAAUCUGAGAAACUUGUGCUUUGGACUUCAGAACAACAUUUGUUAAUUGGAAGAUGUUUUUCUCCACAUUUUACAUUUUAAUGUCCCAAACUUGAUAGUGCUGUAAUACUUAUCACUGUUGAUCCGAAAUUAUUGAUAGAAUAUGAUUUUAAUGGAAUGAGGCUUAUGUUUGUUAAAAUCAUGAAAUUAAGUUUCAACAUAAAUACAAUAUUUUCUAAACCUAAAAAAAAUUAAUACCUAUGAAAACUGUUUUGGGGAAUUCUUUUUGUCAGUGUAGACAACAUUGUUAUUUUGAAUCAUGACAACUGUAUUGUCCUGUCGUACACUUACCUUUCACAGAGAAAUGAAUGUUGUUAGACAAUAGUAAAGUUCUGUGUAUUUUG